AUGAGUCUCUGGAAAAAAUCCAAAACUCGUAAUAUAACACGAUCGAGUGUUUCGCUUCCAUCUAUGUCAGUCAUUAGUUCGGCCGAGCCAGAUGUUUUAAAAGUCAAAGUUUAUAAACCCAGUACGAAUGGAAAUGAUAAGAGUUAUGAAGUUGGUGCAUCAAAAAAACUUUGUAUCGAUCCACGACUUGCAUCCUAUCGAACAAUGCAAUGUUUAAUUGCACAAGCUUUUGACAUUAGAUCUGAUUUCACUAUAAAUGCUGUUCAGAGAUGUCCAGCUAGAGGAUUAAUAAAAUUAUCUGCUAUUUGGAGUGAUUGGGAACUUGAAGCAGCAAUAAAAAAUACCCAAUCCGAUUCAUAUCUAAGAUUAUGUUAUGAAUUAACUCCACAUGACGACGGUCUUGACGAUUGGGAUUUUGUCGCAAUUAAUGAUUGUAGUACAACUAUUCGUUGGCUUUAUGUUGAUAAUAAAUCUAUAAUUGCAACUCUUAGAUCUCCAAUUGAAAAAAAACCUUCAAAAUUUAGCAAAGCAAUUAAUUAUAUAUAUGGUGGACAUGAACGACACAGAGCAAAGCCAGUUAGUGAAAAUGAUUUUAAGAAUUAUCUAGAUCUGGAAGGAUGCAUUAUAAAUGCAAAUGAAUUACGUCAAGCAAUUUAUGAGGGUGGUGUUGAACCUGCAUUUCGUAAGAUUAUAUGGCGUCAUUUAUUAAACAUUUUCCCAGUCGGUAUAACUGGUCGUCAACGUGUGGAAUAUCUUAAAGAUGUCGCAAAUAAAUAUGAAAAUUUAAAAAAACGAUGGCAAGAAGAACAAUAUACUAAUGAUCAUAUUCGAACACUUAUGCGUUUAAUUCAUACAGAUGUAUUAAGAACUGAUCGAACAUUUGGUUUUUAUGCUACUGCUGGUGACACUAAUGUUAAUCUACAAACUCUAUAUCAUAUUCUUAUAACAUAUUGUGUUAGUCAUCCAAAUAUUAAAUAUUGCCAGGGUAUGAAUGAAUAUGCAUCUACUUUAUUGUAUGUCAUGCGUGAUGAAUCAUUGACUUAUCUAUGUUUUUGUUCAAUUAUGAAUCGCAUUCGAGGAAAUUUUGCUACCGAUGGUGUAGCUAUUGCCACAAAAUUUAAUCAUCUGCAAGUACUUCUUCGAGCUAUCGAUCCGGUCUAUUGGAAUUUACUUGAAAACUGUGAUGCUGCUAGUCUUUUUUUUACAUAUCGAUGGUUACUACUCGAAUGCAAGCGAGAAUUUCCAUUUAAUGAUGCUUUACGUGUACUUGAGGUCAUGUGGGCAACACUACCGAUUGCAAGUGAACCACCGGAAUUAAAUGAACCAUCUAUACUACUUGAGUCAUCAAGUAAUAGUAUUGAUGAUAUUCUACGUGCAAUACCUUGUCGACCACCAUUGCGACGUGCCCUAAGUUGCCCCCAAUUAUCAGUUAUAGAUGAAACUUGUUCACGUAAAAAUAGACAUCAUUCGUCUUCGUUAACUGUUCAUGAUAAUAGUGAACAAUUAUAUUUUACUAUGCAACAGAAUUAUAGUUCAACAUUAGAAAGUGAUGAAUAUCAAAUCUAUUCAUCGAUUAAUAAUAAUUCGAAUUCCAAUUCAACAUCAACAAAAUCAAGAAAAAAGAGUUUAGAAAAUUCUUUUUCACUUAGUGAAAUAUCAGAAUUCGAUUCCGAUAAUUUAUCGACAUGCUCGAGUACUAAUCCUAAACCUAAUUAUACUACUUCUCAAUACCCAUUAUUAGAAAAUUGGGUACAACGUUUACCAGAUACUAAUACAUUAUGGCAAGAAGAAGAUAAUGCGUUCUUACUGUUUGUUUGUAUAUCUAUAUUAUUAACACAUCGUAAUGAUUUAAUAAAACAAAAGCAUCUUGAAGAACAAGAUUUUUUUAAGCAUUUUAAUGGAUUUCAUCGUCGCCAUCAUGCAGAAAAAUUAUUGGUAUGUGCACGAAAUCUCUAUGGACAAUAUAUACAAUGGGCAAGAAAAAGUCGUAUGCACGAUGAUCUGAGAAAUUUUUCUUCUAGUUAA